AUGAACUUUUACGCGGCGUCUAACAUGCCCGUGUACCGGGUGGAACGGGAGGCGCGGCAAAAGGCGUCCAAGCAGGGCCCCAAGAAGUCGAGGAUCCUCGGUCUGCCGAGCUCGCCAAAGGAGACUGUGCCGUCCCCCGUUCGCCCACUCACGUCAUCCCAUGCCGUCCCGCACGACGCCGGCUCCAUUGACAGGCUCCUGGACCCUGCCAUCGAUGGCCCCCCUUCACCAGAGAGCAUCCGCGAACUGAGCCAGCAGGUGAGGCGCGCAUCUAUCCAGGACAAGCACCACAGCCACCAAACUAGCUCGUCCGGUUCGUCCUCGCUGCGGUCGCUGACGCCGGCCGACCAUCCCACGCCGUGGGAAUUUGAGCCAGGCCCGCUCUCAAGAAAAUCAUCUGGACGCUCGACAUCCAGUAGCAUGCCUUCGCGGGAGCGACCCGAUAGCGUUCAGAUCUUUGGAAAGUCCAUCUUCAGCCGGAGAGCGAAGAUGAGGCGCGAGAGCGGAGCCCAGAGCUCAUCAAGCUCCAUGUACUCGACGGACGCGGUGGCCGAUGCACCGCUGCCGCCCCCCCAACCGCUGGCUCCCAAUCGGGAGUCGACAAUUCCCGCGCUAUUUGGACUUCGCCGGGGCUCCAAGCAGGAACAGGCUGCGGAGACACAGCGCAGACUCAACAUCUCCGGGCCGUAUAACUUCCAGCAUGUGGCUCACACGCAGAAGGACCAUGUUCCGCCGGAUUUGCAACGCGCCAACCAUGCCGUGGGCCACACUCCCGGGAUGCACCUCGCCGCCUUCUCAUCCGAAUCUCUCGCCAUGAGCGAGGAGGACACCAUGACUCCUCUUCCCGAGCUUCAGCAAACGACCUCUCUCACCCGGGCGCCGUCUGUGAUCCAGAAGACCUCGACAUCCCGGCGGGUUCUUAAUCGGUCUCAAUCUCAGGAGCAGUUGAGUAGGGGCAUGCCACCACCUCGUCCGCCGAGGUCUCCUAUCGACCAGUCUGCUCCGUGCCCUCCUAUUCCGCCUCCACGCGGGUCAAGUCGCACGUCAGUUCGCCAUGAGCGAUUCGAUUCGGCGGACCGGCCACCAACUAGUAUCAGCUUCCGUACCCCUCAGUAUGCCGACCCCGGAAGCCCUGUUGCCGCCUCUUAUGGCUAUGCCCCCGCCCCGGAUAUGAAGGUCAUCCCCGAGCAUGCCUUUCACAGCAUCACGGGCCAAUCCGUUGACGCCAAUUGGCCGUUGCCGUGCCCGAGUAGCGCCACCGCAUCCGAGUGCACGUUACCUGGCGUCCCGGAAGAGGAUGAGACCGCGGUCACAACACGGAAAACGCAUGCGAGCGCAGGGAGCAAGUCGUCCCUCCGUGGCAGCCAAUCGGUACCCAUGCUCAGGGCAUUGUCGAUCCGUCGAAACGAUGACCCUGCGCGCCGGACCAGCGAUGCCUCCGACACCCUCGGCCGCUUCGAUUUGGUCGCCGCUCAACGAGACCUCCAGAAGGCAUUGGCGGAGAGCAGCCGAGGUGAAGCGAUACCUCGGGAGGCCUGGGAGGACGAUAUCGACUACUGCUAUGAGCACGAGGCGGAGGCUGAUUGCGACUAUGAGUGGGGCCGUCCGUCUCUCGAGACAAGUAGGGAUGGCGACACAGCGACGCCCGUUGACGACCAAGGAAGGGGCAUUGGGUCGUAUGAGGAGGCAUCUUCUGCAAUGCUGACGCCAGGGCAGUUCGACGUGCCGGAUCUUAGUCCCGUCAGCCAGCUCUCGUCGGCGACAGCGCAAGAGGCGAUCACGCCAACCGUGGUGAACAAUCCGAAGGCAUCAAACUUCUCCUUGCCGCGGGUCGAUUCGAACAAGAACCUGCUCCAUGUGCGGAAGCCUUCGGACGCAUCCAGCUUCAAAGAGUCUCAGGGCUUCACUCUGUCGCCAUCGCUCCUGAUCCCUCCGGAUUACCAGCAGCAGAUGAUGGCCUGCGAGGCGGAAAGGCAAGAUGCUUCCGACUUUGCGUUUCGUCACUCUGACGAGCCAGCACUGAACAUGGACCCGUCAGCCCUCCUCCUUCGGUACCGCACAAGCGCUUCAACCACCGGCACGAUCGAAAGCACCAGCUCGGCGUUCGAUAAGCACAUCUCGACUGCUUCCACAUCGACCGACUACACGCGACUGACGGCGAGCACUUCCUCACUUGACAUGGAGACUUGUUUCCCAACAAGCGAGCCGCUGCAGCGAUUUCCCUCGUUCGACCACGGCAUUGCCGAAAGCAAGACCGCCAUGCCCCCGCUUCCCGAGACGGAAGAAGUGGCACAACCGCCUGUCCGUCGCCCUGACUUCAAAAGCCGCGGGAGCGAGUCGAACCUUGGCAGACUAGCCAUGGAUGAGCCUUGGCCAGGCAAGGCGAAGAUGCCGAUCCAAGCCCAGCGCGGGCGAUCGCGGACCACAAGCCUCAGCACACCGCCCCCGCCGAAUCAGUACGCGCUCUUCCCAUCGGUACACCUGAGCGGGAAGAAGAUCUGA